AUGCUGCUCGAAGCGAAUACCAUUACAUCGUCGGCGCACUCGAGGUCGACCAAGGGACGUACAGAUGUUGUUAAUACGAAAUCGGCGGAACAUUUGUCAACUGUUCUUCGCAUGAUAUCUUCGAUGACAAAGUUAAACAAGAAAGGUCUCGCGACAGUCUCUCGUCUUACUCCUGUUCCCACUUCAAACGAUAAAGUAAAUCCGGGUGGUGUUCGAACAGCAGUAGCUGUUCUUCUCUUCAUGUGUUCGAUUAUGAUUCAUGCGAAUGAACUUUUCUGGGAUACCUUCGGCGCGAAGCACAUUGAAAAGGUAUUUCUUGUGUUCCGCGACGGAUAA